AUGAGCACGCCCCCAGUGACGGUCAAGCACGAGGAGACCGGGCCCCGGUUCGCCGACCAGGGGGAGCAGGGCCUUUUGAGCGACCCCGAGGACUACCUCGAGGAGGACGAGCUGCUCGACAUGAACCUCACCCAGGGGAACAAGAAGGUGUGGUUGGUGAAGCUCCCCAAGUACCUCGCCGAGAAGUGGGCCGACACCCAGCGGCUCAGCGGCCAGCGGUUGGGGACGAUCAAGAUCAAGAACGACGGCAAGCAGCAGGUGAAGCUCGUCCUCGACCCCGCCGCCGCCGACGUCAGCGACAUCCCCACCGAGUACAACAUCAACAUCACCAACACCGCCGUGCGCAACGCCUACGUGUUCAGCGAGCUGAACCUCAAGAAGUUCAAGCAGGAGUACACCGAGCUUGCCGAGGUGCCCAACCAGCCUGAGCUCAAGGACGAGCCCGAGGUGACCUACUCCAAGUACUACCGGGUGCUGAAGACGGGGGACGGCGAGGAGAAGAAGACGUACAUCCCCUACGUCAAGACGAUCCCGAAGAAGACGGCGUUGGUGGGGCGCAUCUGCCACGACUGCCAGGUGACGCCCAACAGCCGCGACCCGGCGUACCAGGCGAUGAUGUCGCGGCGUGCCGGCAUCCACAAGGUGCCCGAGCGGCGCAAGGUGACGUUGAUGAACGAGAUCCCGGGGGUGUCGCUCAAAAACAGCCACAACCUGGUGUUCCUCAAGACGACGCUGCGCCUGAAGAGCGAAGGGCGCGCCAUCCGCAUGCCCAAGCAAGACUUGUUGAACUUGUUGUUCAAGUUGUUCGAGGAGUACGAGUACUGGCUGAUGAAGGGGUUGAAGGAGCGCACCAAGCAGCCCGAGCUGUACUUGAAGGAGCUGUUGGAGCUGAUCGCCAACUUGAUCAAAAAGGGGCCCUACACCUCCAAGUACAACUUGAAGCCCGAGUACCGCCGCUUGCGCGACGCCGAGAAGGCGGCGUCGCUCGACGACACCGCCGUCAAGCCUGAAGACGACGACGACGACAUGGAGGACGUCACCUGA